AUGAACACGAAAUCCACAUUUACACAGGGCUAUGGAGCUCCUCAAUUGCUCCAGGCUCCUGGUGACAGAGAGCGUUUUCCACCCUUCAAAUAUGGAAUUCCUUGUCUUCCUCUGACUCCGUCUGCUGUACAUAAGAUAAAACAGCUUCUUAAAGAUAAACCUGAGCAUGUAGGUGUGAAAGUUGGAGUCCGUACAAGGGGAUGUAAUGGACUUUCAUACACGUUAGAAUACGCAAAAACAAAAGGUGACUCUGAUGAAGAAGUAGCUCAAGAUGGAGUCCGAGUCUUUAUUGAAAAGAAAGCACAACUGACACUUCUAGGAAGUGAAAUGGACUAUGUAGAAGACAAACUGUCUAGUGAAUUCGUCUUCAAUAACCCAAACAUCAAAGGAACAUGUGGCUGUGGAGAAAGCUUUAACAUUUGAAAUCUCAGGAGUAGCACCUUGGCUUUAAACACCAUAAAACACUUCAUUGCUGUAGCUUUCUAAAGACAUCACAUUUCUUUCAGGUUUUUGGGCUUUGUAAAGUGUUCCUGCCUUUCAAGGAAAAUAAAGUGAAUGCCUUUUGAAAAUGUAACCUGCGUGUUAAAUUUCAGUAUUGAUGUGUUUAUGCACUAAUUUGAAUGAACUGAGCUCUAGACAGUAAAAGCAGCAAUGUGCUGUAUUUUCAUUGUAAAGGGAAAUCUCAAUAUUUCUUUUCUAUUUCCCUCUUCUUCACCUCUUCCAAGCCCCCCAAAAAUGUAAUAACACUUAAUAGGCAUUGUGCUUUAUUUAGAAAAAAACUCUAGAACAUAUGUAUGUAUAGGCUUCAGAAUGUACUUGUACUAAUUUAAAAAUAAAAUAUAAGAUAGGUAUCAGA